AUGGAGCAACUUAUGAAGUCGCAACAUGAGAAACCACACCUGCAGUUAUCUGUUCAAGCUGCACCACCCGAUACUGUGACUACGGAACACAUGGAUGCUGACAAUCUUGUCGAAUUCCACUCCGAAGAUGUGGAUGAACAACCAUCUCUGGAGAUCUCAGUAACAGUCCUCGUCCACCAUGGUCUAUUCCCAACCGCGCCUUCACAGCCUCGGAUGGCUGUGUCUGUUGACUUGCUUUCAUUCUACCGCGCGUUGUUUGAGCGCUCAUGUGACGCGAUUAACGCACUCACAUCAGUGCUCAAAAAUCACUAUUCCCGGCGGGGUUACCAGAUGACUGAUGCCCAGGGUGAAGUUAUACAGGACCCCUUCCGCCGAGGCCUCGGCUAUGCCGUCCAAUGGUAUGACAUCCUGCAAGUUGAAGUUGAGCGCCAAGUUGAGAUGGUCGUUCAACAACAUUGUGAUCAUAUAGCGAAGUUUCAAGUGUCCUCUCGAGUCCCAAAUUCGCCUUUGCUCACUCAAUGCGCACCCCUUCUAGUGCAACGGUGUCCUGCUUGCUUUGCAGGUAUACUCCAUGGUAGAUCCACAGAUGAAGGAGGUGACAUCCACGUUGCAAUGGACGACUGUCCAAAUUUCUAUGACCCUACCUAUUUUCUCCCCAAAAGCUUUGUUGACGCAAUUGGGCACCAUAUCGACACUCAACGUAAGCGACCCGUGAAGUCUCACGUGCCCCUCAUCCCCAACAAAGCCGUUGACCAAUGCGAGAAUGCUUACGAGGCUGCUGAUGGCAAAAAACAGAAAGCCGCUAUGGAUAGCUUUGAUGACACUGCAAUCAUGGCCCUUAUCUGUCGUCAUGACAUCCCAUUAUUUUUUGCCAAUAUAGACUCACCUGGAGAACAGCAGAAGUAUUCAGUAGCUUUACUUCACCACUUCUUUUCAUUUCUUCCACCUGAAGCUACUGUCGUAGCCCUUUACGAUAUCGGCUGUGUUUUGGCACAAACACUCUCCAAGUAUGACAUUCUUCCCAUAAGUAUCACCUCACACCUUCGAUUUGCAACCACUGCAAUGCACACAUAUGGGCACGAGUGGGCUUGCCAGCUCGUAUAUAAUCCACGAAUAUGUGUGGGUCUUGGCUUAUCUGAUGGCGAAGGGACCGAACGCCUUUGGUCUCACUUAGUUCGAUUGAUAGGUGUUGAGCACACUUCUAGUCGCCAAUGCCGUUUAUGGCUAAUCGAUCGGCAAGCAGUGGCUAUAGCUUCAGAGAUACGGGGCAUCAAGGAGCAAGGUUCGGCAGCCCAAGACGUGCUAGAUCGAUGUGGGGUCCCCAUUGAAGAAUUGCAGUCUGAGUGGUUGCAGCAAAGGCAUUCUCAGUUAUCUAUCCAUGCUCAUGCACCCACCCGCCUCAAGAAGGAGUUGAACACUGUCCUAGCUCUCCAGGCAGAUCUGGACACCUCAGACAAAGCAUUGCAAACCGCCAGGACGAUGUUGGAGAAAGAUAUGGCUUCAGAUGAUACUCUAGAGGCUCUCGAAAGUCUAGAGAGGGGACACGAUUGCCUGAUGAACAAGGUCGAGGCUCUUUACUCUUCAUUGAACGUUCAUGACAGGUUCCCUGAGCUUCAUGGCAUCAAUCUCAAAUUUGUUCGCAUCCUUCUAAUGGCACGCGAUCUCAAAAUGAAUGUUCGUAAACGUGUGAUUGUAAGUUUCUUUGAGUGGGAUAAACUUGAUCAAGCAGUAGGUGGCGUCCAGCAAGCGUUAGGCACCAAGCUGCAUCAACAGACACGUAAAGCAAUUUCAAAGCGUCAGCCUGCACUAAUGACCGCUAUCAGGAGAUUCAACUCCUACUGCGAGCGGCUCGAUUCAUUGUAUGAUACAUCCUGGGGGAUUCCACUGCCCGCACCCCUUCCCACCAAACUUGUGGAACUACGUUCCGACCCAGGACUGAUGGAGGAUGUAUGGAUUACGCCAUCUCUUGGAGAGGUUCCGCGAUGGUUAGAUGACACAUCCAUAAGAGACGGUAUUCGUGCACUGCUCAAGCAUGACCAGUGUCGAGAGGAGCAGGUUCAGCUGGGCAUUGAGGCCGAUAACCUGUGCCGCUUCUUUGGAAAUGAGUUGGCGGCGCUUGAACUUGCCCUUCGGUCGCCGAAGAGUGAGCCUUUCGCAGUUCCAUUGCAGCAACGGCAUCCAAUUUUAUCCGCCUUCAAACGGUCAAAUUGCUUAGCUUCUUCAGUAUGGUUCACUAACAACACGCUGGUAGUGCCUGAUUCUGAGGGUAGUGAUGAACUCCCUAUCGUUGAUCCUGACCAUUGCCCCCAAGUCGAUUCUGAACAAGCAGCACUUGCCGAUGUCCUGGAGGUUAAUGCCGUGAUUUGCUGGAACCUUCCUGAUAAUCUCCUUGUGGAUGACUUCUGUCCCAUCGCAAGAGCCAGACGUCCUUGA